AUGCCGGAAUCACCUAAGUAUCACUAUGUAGGAAGUACACAGUUUCAACCUGUAAAGCCAUCGCCGCAUGAGAACUUGACAGAACUCUAUGGUCUUACGGAGCUUGCCAAGAAGGUUGGACGCAUUGAUGAGCAUGGAAAUAAACGGAAAAUGCGUCGAUCGUACAAGGCAUACAUUCAAGAUCUGCCCGGGCAAAAUGAAAUUAUUAAAGACGACACACUAAAACAAUGGCUCGUUAAUCCUAUCAUGGAAGACGUCCCUAUCGACGAAGAGCAGAUUAUUCGAGCCUUUAGCCAAGUUCAACCGGGCAUCCUUCCGGGUUUCAACCCGAAAGUUUUUGGCCUAGACAGCGAUGCACCUAUCGGCCCUGGCAGUCGGGAUUCUUCACAGCCUAAAAGCCCUCUGGCGAUUGCCUAG